AGAGUACGAGAACGUAUUGGAGUAUGCAGAAUGACAAGUUUGUGUUGUAUAUUGAUUGUGCAGUGAAAAUGUAUUUCGAAUUGUUUACAAUAUAUUAAAUUAACGUUAUGUAUUAAUUAAUAGCUAAGAAAAUGGGCCGAGGACUAUGAACGUACGUGCUUAUUUGUGCAUUCACAGUGUUGCGUAGUUUGUUUCUUGCUCAUCAUAACAUAGGUCAUUGAAAUAAUGGUUGAGAACGGCGGUUCGAGCGGGGGCAGCGACAGCCCUAACGCGACUUGCGGGAGGUCGGGCCUGCUGGAGACGCUGGUGCGCGGGGUGUGGUACCGGGUGCACUGCUCCCUGGAGGACGACUACCUCAGCGUGUGCCUCGACGACGGGUACGAUGCGACGACAACUCUCAAUGGCACCCUCAACAAUAACAAUGUCGAAACACCCAACAGUGACUUCACGGAAGUGCCGGAAGCGAUCGCGAAUCAAAAACGAGUAGUGCAAGUGGUUAAAUCCGACAAUAAUGGGCUUGGAAUAUCAAUUAAGGGGGGAAUAGAAAAUAAUAUGCCCAUAUUAAUAUCAAAAAUAUUCAAAGGUAUGGCGGCAGACCUGACUGAACAGUUGUAUGUUGGUGAUGCUAUCUUGUCGGUCAACGGAGAGGAUCUUAAGGAUGCUACACAUGAAGAAGCUGUAAAGGCUCUGAAAAGAGCUGGCAAAAUGGUUCAGUUGGAAGUGAAGUACCUCCGCGAAGUGACGCCAUACUUCCGGAAGGCGUCAAUCAUAAGCGAAGUGGGAUGGGAGCUGCAGCGCGGCUAUAUGGCGGAGGCGCCGCCGUCGCCCCCCUCGCCACGCCGCCGCCGCGCCGACACCCGCUACGUGCCGCUGUUGAUGGCCUGCGUGGCUAAGAAUCUGCGCCAUCACGACCCAGAGGAUCGCACGAUCGAGGUGUACUCUCCGGACGGCGUGCACUCGCUGGCGCUGCGCGCUUGCGACGCGGCGGGCGCGGCGGGCUGGCACCGCGCGCUGCACGCGGCGGCGCGGCGGGCGGCGCGCGCGGCGCUGGCGCGGGCGCGGCCCGGCCUGCGCGCGCUGCUCGGCGACGUGCGCUACGCCGGCUGGCUGGCGCGCCGCCCCGCCAUGGAUCAUAUCAGCGCAUCCGGGGGCUCCGAUAGUUCCGAUGAAGCCGAGGGAUGGCAGCCCACCUUUGUAGCUAUCACGGAUCGAGAAUUAAGGUUGUACGAGGCGGCGCCUUGGUCGGCGGAGGCGUGGUGCGCGGCGGGCGAGGCGCUGGCGCUGGCGGCCACGCGGCUGGCGUGGUGGCGGCGCGGGCCGCGCGCGGCGGCGCUGGGCGUGCGCGCGGGCACGGCGGGCGGGCUGGCCGUGCGUGCGCUGCGCGCCGACACGCCGCACGACCUGGCCGCCGUCGCCGGCGCGCUCGUCGACGGCGCGCACCGAGCCGUGCGCGCGCAGCCCGAGUUCACCUUCCGUUGCCGAUUCCGGGGCAUGUGUGCGCGGCUGUCGCUGGGCGCGGGCGGCGUGUGCGUGUGGGAGGCGGCGGGCUCGCUGGGCCGCGGCGGCGCGCGAGCGCUCUACCGCCGCCCGCUGCACGCGCUCAAGGCCUCCGCCGACGACGACCGCUCCGCGCUCUGGCUGCACUUCACGGACGACGACACCGUGGAACUAGAUAUGGAGGGCAGUCCGAAGCCGGCCGUGUUCAUCCUGCAUAAUCUGCUAUCGGCGCGCGUGCACGCUCUGCCCGAGGACUCGGCGCAGCCGCUAUAACCGCACCACUAGACAUCUGUGAGUCACUCCCAUUACCGACCUACUACUCCACCGGCGCGGCGGCAAUUCUGUACUACGCACGAGUUACGCAGGGUUUUCAUUCAGCUCGUUAGAUGUUGUAGUUAUUACGAUCGCGGAAAAAUGCCGAGAAAUCUUCAUUUAGAAUCUCGAAUAAAUAAUACUCCUUUGAUUUAUUUCUUGUUUGUUAUGUUUAUGUGAGACUAUUAAAAUCUUGUUAAUAUUAAAUACGAUUUUGGUGUGCGUAGUGAUUAACAUUGAUGUUGGCCGCAGACUAUGGCCGCUUUAGUGCAAUUAUGAAUGUAUUUUACGAAAUAAGAAGCACAACUAGUGCUCAGUGGAAGUAUCCUUAUAGUUACUACUCCCGUCGGCACGCAACUUAUUUCAGAUAUAAGAUGAUAUAGGGGUCAGCGGUAAUUUAACGAUAUUUUGGAAGUGGUAACUAUUAGGAACAAACGCUUGGUUUGAUGUUAUGGCGUAGUAAAACUGGUAGAGUCGGACCAAACAAAGUCUGCGGUGGAUUUGAUAGACCAGGCAGUGCAAGUGUCAUUUAUACGUCAUAAUUUCAUAGAAGUUUGGCGUUUAAAAUAACACUCACUGCGUGGGCUAUCAAAUCCGCUGCAGACUAUUCUUGUCUGACUCUAAAUGCUAUUGUGCCCUGGUUUUAUGUUUGUUUUAUAAUUAUGUUAUAAUUAUUACAUGCUCUUGCUCCCCUGGUUUAUGAUGAAAUGACAUACAUGUAUGUGUAGCAAAAAUGUCAUGAUAACUAGUUUUUUAAUGAAAGGGAGGAUACGUAAUAUUUUCUAACUUUAAAAGCAUGGUACGCAAUAUUAAUUUUGAUUAUUGUCCCAUUAGUGCUGUAGCAUUUAUACUCAAUGUGAAACUCGAAAUUAUCAUAUUAUUGAAAUAAAUUGUAGCCACAUAUACCUGUCUGGUGUAAAUAGAAUUUUACUUGUCUAAGUAGAACGAAACAUGUCGGACCUUAUGCAAAAUAAUCGAAACCUAGUUAUUCUGCCUAUCAAAGCUUUCUUAUUAAGUGAUUUUUAUCUAAGUACUUUUAUAUACAAUAUCUACGCUGUAAAUAGCUAUUACUUAUACAUUCUACAUCUUUACAUUUCCCUAUUUAAGGUAAUUGGUUUGCUUUAAUAUUUGUAGAUUUUGUAGUGUUCAAUGUUAAGAUAUGAUAUAAGACGUCAUACAGGAUGAUUUUGUUAUCCCUGAAGGGUGAAUAUGUACUCAUACUGGACAACUUUUACUAUGGGAUUAACCCUGAUCUCGCGAAAAAAAAUCAGUUGUUCUAUAGAAAACAUUGACUCUGAUUCACCGAAAAAUUUUCAAGGUUGGCCCCAUAGUAAAAGUUGUUUAGUAUGACCUACAUAUUCAGGGUUCGGCCAGAGAUAACAAAAUGACCCUGUAUAAGCUAGGCUAAUUUUAAUUAUGGUUAAUAUUAAUGUGUAGUGACGUAGCGAAGUCAUUUGAAUAACGACAGGCAAUAUUUAAGGUGAUAAAAGAAGGUUAGAAAUAUUUAUUUUAUUACCACAUUAAUGUCAUAUUUUGUAAGCGUAAAAUGUAACUGAACAAAUGUAUCGGAUUUUGUUUACACUCGUAACUAAGAGUUCCGGUAUUACCGGUGUUUAUUGGAUUUGUACUCAUCUCCUUCAACGCCUUUAUUCUAGUUAUAACUAUUUAAACUCUUUAACUAUUUGGUAUUAAAAACAAUGUAAUAAUUAUGUUAUAUUAAUAUUUACUUUAAUUAUUCGAAAUAUUGUUACGUAAAUUGUGAAUCUCGCAGCUGUUUGGUUAAUGCUUUAAUUUUAGACAACCGAAGAGGCGUAAUUGUAUUGUUAUUUGUUAUUAUUCAUAAAUUUAUAUUUUACAUAGGUAAUUAUUAUAAUUCAAUCGAUUCGAUGAGGUGUAUAGGCUGGAUUGUUAUUAGCUUAUUAGUAUGUGUUUACGUUAUUCACAGUAUCAAUAACAAUACGUAUACAGUACCGUUGGUAUGGAUACGUUACUUAUAGAAAUUUUGCUUCUGAGUAAUUACGUACAGAUAAAUUAGUACAGAAUGACAAUUAGGGAUGUGUGCCUUUGUAUUAAAUGAAUUUGUCUAUGCAAUGUUAAAGCAUUAUAAGCCAGAGUCUACCGCGAACCACGUUCGACGUGUUACCUCUCUGUCGCACAUUUAAAUUCGUACGUAAGUGUGACUCCCGGCAACACGUCGAAUUUGGUUCACGGUAGGCCCUCAGAGUCCCGCCGACAAAGCAAUGCUCAAAUUAUUGUCCACGGCUACUGUCAAAAAAAUCUAAUAAUAUGUGUCAAGUCAGGGCCAGUCGCAGUAUUAUUAUCAGGUGUAUUCAAUGACUACUUAAACUAAACUAUUUUUAAGAUGAAUAAAAAAUAAGUUUGAGAAAUACGGUUAAAACUGUAUUGAUUUUAAGGUGAAUAUGAAUACCUUGAGAUCUGAACGAAUAGCUCACUACUUGGUUGGUAAGCUGUUUGGUUAUUUUCAAUAGUAACGCCACGUAACGCCAAUAGUCCCUACUAUUACAAAGUAAAAUUCACCACUGUGUGUCAAUUAUUGACGUGACAAGUGGCUAUACAAAAGUUUUCCAUGAAAAUGGUCGUAAGUGGACUUAAAGGCGAGAGUAGGAUCCUUGAAAGUUAUUACCAGCUAUGCUUAUCAUAAAAUCAUCAAGCUAGUCAUCAAUGUAACGUUACAUCACAAAUGCCACUAUGACUGUAGUCUCACCUAAACCUGCCUGGUUUAUUGGCGUUCAAUUCCCUCAACUCAGUCCCUUUUUCUAUCGAAUGACAAGGUACAUAGAAAAGUGAUAUUUUUUUUUAUUUUUUUUUUAUUAUGCAUGGGUUUACUCAUGGCCACAGACUAGCCGAGGCGUAGACGUGGCCUACGAUGGAGCGAGCUCGCCCAGAAGGUGCCUGUUCACUCUUGAUUUGAAGGUUGCCGGGUUAUAAGAGCACGGAAAUAUAGACGCCGGCAAGGAAUUCCACUCCUUGGCAGUGCGCAUAAGGAAAGUAGAAGCAAAGCGCUUCGUGCGAAUUGGCGGAAUAUCUACCAAGUAAGGAUGGAAACCGGCCGUGCGUCUAAAUAUAUAUAGCGUGAUAUAGUUUCAAUUUGGACGUCCAAGUACCAGUCCAAAAAAAUAUGGAUACGCUUUCCGGAUAUUUCCAUGUAACUGCUGACUGAAAUGUACUCUUGCAUUGCGCAUUGAAUUGCGUCAAUUUGGUGGAUGCCGUAGAACGACUUCUUAUUAUUAGUAUUACAUAUUUAGUUUGAGCAGCUUUCGCAUCAUACUCACGUGUAUUGUUGAAAUUGUAUUGUUAGUGUUUUGAUUUUGUAUUAACGUACUCAUGUGAUGUUUUCAAGGGUUCAAACCCCGGCUCGUACCAAUGAGUUUUUCGGAACUUAUGUACGAAAUAUCAUUUGAUAUUUACCAGUCGCUUUGCGGUGAAGGAAAACAUCGUGAGGAAACCGGACUAAUCCCAAUAAGGCCUAGUUCCCCCUUUGGGUUGGAAGGUCAGAUGGCAGUCGCUUUCGUAAAAACUAGUGCCUACGUCAAAUCAUGGGAUUAGUUGUCAAGCGGACCCCAGGCUCUCAUAAGCCGUGGCGAAAUGCCGGGAUAACGCCAGGAAGAAGAAGAAGUACUCAUGUGAUGUUUGACAGCUAUUUUUAAUCGAUUAUUUACUUCAAUAUAGUAACCUUGUAUCUACAUGUACUUAUUUGGUUUAAGAAAUUAGACAUUCAAGCAUUUAUUUUAUGUACAGUUAUUAUGGACUGUUUAGUUUACGUACGUCGUACACAAUGUGUUCUACAAGUUUUGUGGGCAUAUCGAUAAUAUGCUUUGGUUAGUAAUAGUUUUAAGUUUAUGCUGAUACUUAACUAAGUUACCAUGACAAGAAUUCCAUUUAUAAAUGUUGUAGCGAAGUUCUAAAACGAUUCGGGACUAUGAUGUCAUCUAGAGGCCCUUUCUAAAGAACAGUCAUCAUCAUCAUCAUCAUUGGCCUUUACGUCUAUUGCAGACGAUUUAUGGUGUAACAUACAUUACACCGCCUGGGACGGAAUUAAGGAAACGCAGGGAUGCCCAGCACCUGCAUUACCCUCUCGGCUUCACUGUCUUAUGCCACAGGAAAGGCGAGCCAAUACGUGUGGAGACAGGUCAGCUGCAGGAAUCUGCCGCAUAUUUCAGGUUGGACCCUACUCGCGCCUUACGGAAACUCCAUUCCGGGUUUUAUUUUGGAGUAUCCUUCUCCUAGAUGGAUUGCAAAACAAUGCUAACAGGACCAUCUCCCCUGUGACGAAAUAGCUUCUUACUUCGUUUCGUCGUUCGUUCGUUCGUUCAUAGGAUAGGGUGUCGUACGAGGCGACUAAGUCCACAAACGAAGUAAAGAACAGUACAUAAUUACUUAUACUUACAAUAAGUUAAUCAUAAUCAGGUCAGUUCUUUACAGUAAGUAAUUUGAAUCUUAGAAAGUACCAUUAUACUUCUUCUAAUCUCAGACAUAUAAACUAUUAUAAUAAAAGAAGUAAAACAAGAUUAUGUGUCAUCACUGUGUUGGCAGGUGUACUACGAAUUAUUGACGACAUACGCCAACGACAAAGGAAAAAAUAAUAUCAAUCGGAAUAACUAAAAAGAGUAGGUAAUAUAAUAUUAUUAUAUUCUCUCUCGGCCGAUUUCGACCACGGCGACUGUCUUUCGACUCCGCUGCUGAAGACGUUCGUAUAACAUUUCACGGAAUGACGUCACUUUUUUUUUUAGUCUACUUUAGUGUCUCACUGCUGAGCAUAUUUUAUAUUAGUGUCUUUCAGAGAUUACCUGUCAGUUAACAUAGUAAAAAAGGCGUAAUUAUAUGAUAGUUUAGCUGUCUGAGAUAUCUUGUAUCAAGUUACAAAUAUAUAAUCGAUAUUAAAAAGGAGUCUCUACAAAUUUUAAGACCGACUGAAAGUAAACGUUUAGGUUACCAUAAUACCACUAGUGACUGUGUGAAAUGUUGCCAUAUCAAUGUUUAAGUUAAGACUAAGACAUAAUCUUCUUGUAAUCUACGUAGAAUUUCUACUGAUGACAUUCCUUCGUAAGUUGAACGAUUAGUUUUUUUAAUUAUUGUAUAAAAGAAUACAUCAUCAAUAUCAUAUACUUAGAUUCAUUCAUUCAUAGCAUUCAAGGUAGAUGAGUGGUAUGUACCACUAUGGAAGUGAUAUAAUCAUAUCGGUAAUCCAGCAUUGGUAAUGAGAGGAAUAUAGAAGUACGAAGAGGCAUAUGUAAUGCUAUACCUAAAGACUCUCGAGGCCCGACAUGGAUACAUUGGUAUCCAAACUGCCAGUGUAUCCAUGUUGGCGCUAUCGCGCAACCUAAGAAGAGGCCACGACACCACGUCGGAUACAGACAUGAAACUGUCAGUGCCAUGUUAAAUUGUAAUUCAUAAAUUGAUAUCUCUAUUCUUUUUCACGGUGUAUGAAUCUCAAUUCAUCGUUAGUGCCAUUCGCCUCUUCUUAAAUUGCGAGACCUAAAGGGGCCCACACAUUACCAAUUCGCCGGACGAUAUCAGCCUGUCGGUUGUUCGGAGCUUUCAAAUUUUGCGUUUAACUGACAGGCUGAUAUCGUUCGGCGAACUGGUAAUCAGUGGGCCCUUUAAAAGCUUACCAGAGGGUGAAAACUGUGGUGAUGUAUUUUUCUGGUUUCUUAGCGUCAUUUAGACUGAUCUGAUGUAGAGACUGUGUGAUCAUAUCUGAAGAAUAUGCAGACAAGACAUAAGCUAAGUAUUAGCAAGCGCUUUGAUCGCUUUUAUAUGGUUUGCUAUGAAAAUAUACUUGUACGAAUCACUUCUUCGAUCUAAGGCGUGUUUUUGUGAUCGGCAUGGAAAUGUAAAUUUUGUUACUUAAUAUCUUACUAUUCUACUUCAGAUCAUUCCUUAGAAAAUAAAGAUAAUUUAUUUUAAUUGUGAUCACUGCUGGAGUCUGGCCAGCGAAUCGAGAAACCAGACCAGUAAAUAAGUUUUAGCAGUAGUAACAAGUUGAAUGAUUGGUGAUAUGUACUGGAUAGGGAGCGCCACCCUAUAAUGAACCUUCAACAGCCCAAUGUCAUUGACACCGGUUUUCUUUUUAUUGGUGGAAUUUUCAAAUUCGCCAGCCAGACUCAAGGUUAUAAACUGAAAACGUUUUAGAUGAAAUUGUUUAAAGUGUGACCCUUGUAGCACAUUAUUAUAAUUUGUAGCCAAAACUGUCAUUACGAUGCAUUAAUACAACGAAGAAAAUGA